UGUGGCUCACCCUAGAGAUAAAAAGGCCGCGUUAAUCGACGUGGUCAUCAGUUGAUUGCCGGCUCGUCUCUCUACUUUGCCAUUUUCUCCUAGUUGGCUCUCACGAUAUUUCGCCCCCUGCAAUGCAUCUCUCUUAUUGGGUUAUAGCCCUCUUUUGCUUCCUUAGUGGUUUCGAAUCCCAGCCACUCAACGAAUUGGCAGACUUUGUGGCUAAUGCUUAUCCUAACAAAAUCGUCAAUGGAGUUCCAGCUGCGUCCGGAGACUUUCCUUAUAUGUCUGUCUUGUACUUGAACGGCUAUUUAUGUGGAGGAACUUUAAUUGGACCUUCCCAAGUCUUGACUGCAGCUCAUUGUUUAUACGAUCACACUCAAGCAGAAGUCAGCAAUUUCGUUGUUGUGUUAAAUACGCUUGCGAUUGACGGAAGCACUACAGGAGCUGUCAUAAGAGGAGUAAAGAAGUUUAUCAUCCACGAAAACUACAAUCCAAAUACCUUGGAUAACGACGUGGCCAUGUUGAUCUUAAGUUCAACAGUUACAAAUUUGCCGUUCGCUACUCUUCCAACAGAUGCAUCUACAAAUGCAACUACCCUUAUGCCCACAACUACCAAAACCACGACAAAACCAACUACUAAAACCACAACCACGAAAACCACGACAACGAAAACCACAACCAAACCAACCACUAAAACCACAACAACCAAAACAACAACAAAACCAACAACUAGAACCACAACAACAAGAACCACAACCAAACCAACCACUAAAACCACAACAACCAAAACAACAACAAAACCAACAACAAGAACCACAACAAAACCAACCACUAAAACCACAACAACAAGAACCACAACCAAACCAACCACUAAAACCACAACAACAAAAACCACAACAAAACCAACCACUAAAACAACAACAACCAAAACAACAACAAAACCAACAACUAAAACCACUACAACUAAAACAACUACAACUAAACCAACUACUACAACUAAAACAACUACAACUAAAUCAACUACAACUAAACCAAUUACUACAACGAAAUCAACGAUUACAACAACAAAACCAACAUCAGCCCAAUCAACUACAAAUCAACCGAACACAACUCAGACAUCAUGCUCGUGCACUUGCCCAGAAGAGCCUCCGACCACACCAGCAAGUCCAUCAACGGCAAACCCAUUGUGCGAUUCAUUCAGCGCAGACUCGGUGUCUGAUUUAGUACCCCUGAGCGAUUUGUUCAAUGGCAGAGUUGAUAAUCGAGCUUUCAGUACUUAUGCGAAUAGCCCAGCCGUGAUUGCUGGAUGGGGAACGACUUCUUCAGGAGGAAGCAUUUCAUAUGCAUUGCUGAAAGCUGACGUCGUGGUAAAAGACAACACCUUCUGCACCAGUCAAUAUGGUUCAUCUUUCAUCGGCGCUGAUAUGAUGUGUGCCUCAGCACCGGGCACAGACACUUGCCAGGGUGACAGUGGCGGUCCCCUUUUCGUGAACGGUGUUCAAGUCGGUAUUACAAGCUGGGGUAACGGCUGUGCUGAUCCUAAUUAUGCUGGUAUAUACACGAGAGUCACCACCUACCUGGGAUGGAUUGCGACUACAAAGGCCGCCAACCCGUAAAAAGGAUGAAAUAGUGGUACGUAAUCAACGUCAGCCGUCAUCCGAGAACCGCACCAAAAUCAGACAGCAAAUUACCUUUUUUUUGUGUUAAAUUGGCCACAUCAAAUGUGACCCAACUAAUUUUUACCAUCAAAUUAUACCGUAAUGCAUGUAUUUUGUGUUUUUUUUUUGUGUUGAGUGUCUUUACAUCAUGCAUAGGAUGGGGCAUAAUAAAAUUCUUUAUUGAGCAAGUAA